AUGGAGUGUAGAACUUUGGAUCUAACGAUUAUAUCAGCAGAGGAUCUAAAAGACAUUCAAUUGAUCGGUAAACAAGACUUAUACGCAGUCGUUUCGAUCAACGGUGAUGCAAGGACGAAGCAGAAGACCAAAGUCGACAAAGAUUGCGGUACAAAACCCAAAUGGAAGCAUCAGAUGAAACUCACCGUCGACGACACGGCGGCGCGUGAGAAUCGUCUGACUCUGGUUUUCGAGAUCGUAGCGGAUCGACCCAUCGCCGGUGAUAAACCCGUCGGUGAGGUUAGCGUUCCGGUGAAAGAGCUUUUGGAUCAGAACAAGUCCGGCGACGAGGAGAAAACGGUAACUUACGCCGUGAGGUUACCUAACGGUAAAGCUAAAGGAUCUCUGAAAUUCUCGUUCAAAUUUGGGGAUAAGUAUACUUAUGGAUCUUCGAGCGCUCCUCACGCGCCUGUACCAUCGGCUGUUGAACACAAGACUACGGAUCAGCCUGUCACGGCUUACCCGCCCGGACAAGGAGCUCCGUCUGCAUACCCGGGUCCUCCUCCUCAUGCGGGUCCUUCCGGUUACCCACCACCGGGUCACGACGAUAAACACGGUGGUGGUGUUGGUGUUUACGGAUACCCGCAACAACCCGGUGGAUAUCCGCCACAGGGCGGUCCUAGUGGAUAUCCAGCUGCUGGGCCUGGUGGGUAUCCGCCACCUGGUGCAUAUCCGCAACACGGUGGAUACCCGCCUCAAGGUGGAUAUCCGGGUUAUCCGCCGCAGGGUCCGGGUUACGGAUACCAGGGAUAUCCGCCACCGGGACCGUACGGUUACCCGCAACAGCAAGCUCAUGGUAAACCGCAGAAACCGAAGAAGCAUGGAGGAAUGGGAGGAGCAGGAAUGGGGCUAGGGCUUGGACUUGGAGCUGGGUUAUUGGGUGGGUUACUGGUUGGUGAAGCCAUUGAUGACGUUGCAGAUAUGGGUGAUAUGGGUGGCGAUUUCGAUUUCUGA